AAUCCACAUGUCAAUCCUUCGCCAAAACAGCUGUCUCGACGCGCUAUUUCAUAUCAAUACCCAGGGCGUCUGAUUCUACUCGAACUUUGACUGUGGGCAUAAACAAUGGCACCCGUGACGAGGAAGACUGCCAGCUCUGGCGCAUUCAAGCCCGUCCACCGCAAGACCUCUCAGACCAACACGAACUCCUUUGCCGAUAUUGCGCGCACCAACGGCUACUCCAUUUCCCAGAACGGCGACACAAAUCGAAGUGCACUAGUACCUAUCAACCAGCUUGCCGAUCAAAUCAACCCUUUGCGCGACAUGGCCGAUCGCGUUGGCCGUGAAGUCGACCACUUCGCAGAGACGCUCGACAAGUUCAAUGACCGCCUACACGGCCAGGAUGCCUACGACGCCGCUAUCGACUUGACCCAAGGAUACAGAGACUUUGCAAGUGGCAUGGUCAAGAAGCUCAAGAAACGUCACGAUGCUCAGCGCGUCAAUGAGAUGAAGAACGACUUUGGCAAGAGAGUCACUCAAUCUCCCAUACGAAGCUCCAGUGUUACGGCCAUUGUAGGCCCUGUGACACACAACGAUGGCGACGACGACAUGCCCGCACAAACCUCGCUCGAUACCCUCAGACAAUGGCAGGCUGAACUCGACACCUGGGACUUGUUCCGCAUCAUGCUCGACCUACGAUAUUCACCAAAGAAACAGCUCCGUCAACAAGAGAAGGAAGCAAGAUUGGCAGAACUAGGAACACAGAACACAUACACAUCCGACGCCGAGCUUUGGGAACGUUUCACACUGGACAACGAUUCGGCGAGAGAGCGACAUCUGGUCGUGAAAUGGCUUCAAGCCGCUGCCAAUCAUGGCGAAAGUGACAUCGAAGCCAUUGCCGAUGAGCUGGAGAAGAAGUCUGGGAGAGGCACUGGCAUUUGGUUCAACGGCUGGAUGGAGACUCGCGAGAGAAUCAAGGGCACAAAGAGAAUGCGCGUUUAUUCGACCGCCUCGCCGGAAUCCCUGGACGUAAAGCGCACCCACAGCAACGAGCCUUUGGUAUCUUCGCUGGACCCAGACGCCCCCACUCGUCAAUACCGUGUUUUGGAAAAGGCUGACGAAUACUCGGAAAGGGCCCUCUGGAUGACUUGCUGGGAAAUGCUAAGACGUGGUCAUUCAUGGUUCGAUAUUUGCCAAUGGUGCUCUGAACGCAACCAGAGCUGGCGUGCUGUGAGCAUGGCUGCUUCUUCCGACUCGGAUGCAAACAUUGCUCUUCCCGGAGCCUCCGCUGGUUCAUUAUGGCGUCGCAUGUGCUACAGUCUUGUGCAAGGGGGAAGCACAGAUGAGUAUGAAGCAGCUGUCUACGGUGUACUCAGCGGCGACCUGGACUCGGUCAAGCGGGUUUGUCAGAGCUGGGACGACUGCAUUUUUGCCCACUACAACUCGUUGUUGAUCGGUCAGCUCGAGGAGUAUCUACAGAAAAGCUUCCCGGAGAGAUUCUCAUCUGGCAUUACCAACAGAUUCGCUCUAUUCGAUUCCCUGAGGCACCAUGGCGACCAGAAGGAUGUUGCUCAAAAUCUGAUUAGGCGGCUCAUGGAGCAAUCCUCUACCUCGCAGGAGGCUCAACAGCCCCUUAAGUUGCUUCAAGGCAGCCUCAUCGCUGACACGUUCAGCGACUUGUGCAAGAAUCUAGCAACCGCCAUUUCUGAUGCUGCCUGGUACCAAACCACAUCAACAACCAUUGCCCCUCUGCGUACAGCUGUCUCUCCAGACACCCAGCGGGAAAGCGUCAUUUUCAACGACUAUGAUUCUCUGAGAAUCGUCACUCACAUGGUUCUGAUGCUUCGCGAGUUCCACGAACCUCUUUCAGAUACCAAGACCGAUCCCCAAGCCCUCGACAACAUCAUCGCUGCCUAUAUUCAGCUACUGCGUGCGGCUGGUAAAUGGGAUCUCACGCCAGUCUACGCGGCCCGAAUGUCUCCUGUUCGUGGAACCAAAUCGCUUGCGCAGACCAUGACCGAUGUACAGACACCUCAGGAGAAGAUGCACUUUACUAAGCUGAUGGCUAUGUAUGGCAUUGAUACAGUCGCUGUACUGAUUGAACAGACCAAGUACCUCAUGGAAGAAGUCUUGCCUAUCAAGUCCAACGGGCAGCGCAACCUCAAAAUCAUUGAGAAUUCCAAAGAGGAUAUCUACCCUGGUCAAAGAGUCAAGUUGGAUUUCGUCGAGGAUGGUCAAGGCGGCGAAGGCAUUGCCGACCAUCUUGGUGUCUUCCACCUCAUCGAAGGCCAAUGGGAUAUCACAUUCCAGACUCUUGCCUAUGCUUGUAGAAAGUUGCUGCUAAGCGGAUGCUUCCAAGAAGCAUCUCACCUUGUUGAUCAACUCUCCUUCGACAUGCUGUGCGGUGCGAAAUCCAGAUCCAUCCUGGGCACAUCCGUGAAUGUGAUGGACCGCGAGGAGACUUCGUUGCUUCUACAAGAUGUGGAGCAUGUCGCAAAGCUCCGCGUCCUCCAGAAGCAGUGCAGAGGGUAUUACGAGCUUAGCCUGCUUGUGAAAGCUGUGGAUGCUCUGAAUGUCUGGAGGAGGGUGGAGCAUGACUAUGCCACCAAGGUCCCGCGGCCCAGCUCCUUACCUGCAAAGGUCAAGGCAGCCUUUGAGAACACAUGUGCUGCUAUUGAGCCCGUCUUGAGCGGUAUUCUCCUGCACGCCAAAGAUGGUACGCAGGAUCCACAUCUACCUACGAUGUAGCUCUGAACUGAUGUGAAAGCAGAUGAUGAAGCCGCCGACCUGAUCAAGAUCCGCAACUGGUAUCUUCCAGAGAUCGUACUUGCUUACAACGCAGUGCUCUGCGCCGCUGCACACAUGAUCAGCCGCGACCACCUGCUGAGAAGCAUGGAGUUGGCAAAUGACGUCGCCAACGACAAGACUGGCCUGGCAGAGUGCUUCAUGGAGU